CUAUUUCAGAUUCCUGACAUUUCUGUUUUUUUAUCUUUCUAUGUAGCUUGCUUUGUGAGGAAGAAAUCAAAAAUCUUUAGCUCUCUUCAAGUGGGUUUUGAGGAAAGAACUGGGUUCAUAAUCAUUUGGUUAUGUUAGAGAAAGGGUACAGUGACUUGAGUGAUAGACUGAUAGUGCUUGAUGGUGGGUUUAUCUGAGACUGUGUUUUCUUGGUCUCUUGAAGAUAUUUGAUUAUUUUCAAUGAAGAUCUUUACAAGAACAAGGUGGAAAAGAUUCCUGAAUCAUUUCAGUCGGUUGUCCAGUACUUUGGGUCUUAUCUGUAUCCUUUAUUGGAAGAAACUCGAGCUCAGUUACAUUCCAGUAUGGAAACUAUUGACAGUGCACCAUUUGCGGAAGUAGUUGAUUUUAAAGAGUCCAAGCCAUAUGGAACAAAGCAAUAUACAAUCAAGGUUGAUUGUUGGCGAAACAGGUUCAGUGAACGUGGCAACGAACCAUACAAAACUUUGCCUGGGGAUCUUUUUAUUUUAGCAAAUGCUAAACCUGAAACUGUUUCUGAAUUACAACUGACUGGGAGGUCAUGGUCUUUUGUAUCUGUCACUCAUCUUGUGUCUAACAUCUCACAAAUUCAGAAAAAAGAUGGGAAUGGGGAUGAGGUUGAGGAUGUGGAAGAGGAAACUUCUCUUUGUUUUAAAAUCGAGUCUUCAAAAGAGUUUGAAGUCGAUGAUAGCAGAUCACUGUUUGUUGUUUUCUUGUUGAAUUUAAUCCCCAGUGGAAGAAUAUACAAAGCAUUGCACAUGCUGGGAAAUUUAACAAUUAUCAAAGAAGUUCUAUGCUCUGAUUCUGUGGCUCAGGAAAAUCCUUCCUAUGAGAAGAAUAAUGACAUCAUGGAGAAGGGGUUAGAUGAGAAUUUAUUGUCAGGACUCAGGACUUAAUGAGGCCCAAACUGGGGCAGUUUUGGCUUGUCUUGGAAUGCGGCAUUGUGGUGCAAAGUCUUCGGUGGAACUUAUAUGGGGUCCUCCUGGGACAGGAAAAACUAAAACAAUCGCUACUCUGCUUUUUACUCUGUUAAAGAUGAAUUGUAGGACUCUUAUUUGUGCCCCAACAAAUGUUGCAAUAACUGAAGUUGCUUCUCGUCUUCUGAAAAUGGUGACAGAAGCAGAGUUCAAUGCAAUGUUUUGUUCGGUUGGAAAAAUCCUUUUAUUUGGGAAUAAGGAACGACUCAAACUCAAAGUUGGUUCAGAUAUUGAAGAGAUAUAUUUGGGUCACCGUAUUGAAAAAAUCAUUGAGUGCAUAGGACCACAAACUGGUUGGAGGCAUUGCUUUGCUUCCAUGAUAAAUUUACUUGAAGAUUGUGUUUGUGAUUACAACAUUUACUUGGGCAAUGAGUUGACUGAACUCACUGAAGGGGAAGAACAAAAUAGUGCUUGUGAAGUGAAUGAUGAACGCAGAAGUGAACCAGGAGUUAGCGAGGGGAAGUGCAAAACAUUUCUUGAAUAUUUCAGAAGUAGAUUUCUCUGUACCGCAUUGCCACUAAGAAAUUGCAUUUCUAUCUUCUGUACCCAUAUGACCAAAAGCUGCAUUCCAGAACACAUAUUCAAGGAUAUGGUUUCUCUUAUCCUCUUAGUUGAUUCCUUUGAGAUGUUGUUGUUUGAAGGUAAUGCGAUUUCAGAAGCAUUGGAAGGCCUUUUUUCUUGUUCAGAGGUUGAGGGUGUAUCUGAGUUAUAUGUAGCUGACUCAAUUCCUCUUGUCAUGAAGAGAAAGGAAUGCCUUGUAGCUUUACGCACUCUACAGCGUUCUCUUAGUAAACUUCAACUUCCAGAUUUUAGGGAAGGAACUGAUCUAAUGGAUUUAUGUUUCCGAGGUGCAUCCUUAGUAUUUUGCACUGCAUCUAGUUCAUUUAAGCUGCAUAGACUGGAAAUGGAGCCAUUUACCUUUGUGGUUAUUGAUGAAGCUGCACAGUUGAAAGAGUGUGAGUCAACUAUACCCCUGCAACUACCAGGAGUAAAACAUGUAAUUCUUGUUGGUGAUGAAUGCCAAUUGCCAGCUAUGGUGAAAAGCAAUGUUUCUCAAGAAGCUGGUUUUGCAAGAAGCUUGUUUGAGAGGUUAAGCACAAUGAGUCACCCAAAACACCUUCUAAAUAUGCAGUACAGAAUGCAUCCGUCAAUAAGUUUCUUCCCAAAUUCUAGUUUCUAUAAUAACCUGAUCCUGGACGCUCCAAAUGUCACAAAAAAAAGCCAUGAGAAGCACUAUCUUCCAGGGCCAAUAUAUGGUCCUUAUUGUUGAAGGAAUAUCGAUUUAGUGUGCCUUAUCAAACUAGGAGUAGCAAUAGGAGAGAAGGUUCUAGAUUUCCCAAUCCUACACGGAUUGGUAUUCCUUGUAACAUUAGAACUAGUACUUUGUAAUCCCUAUAUAUAGGGCUCCUAUUCUCAAUAAUAAUACACACAUCUCUCUCUACAAUUCUCUCUCAAUUCUAUUAUCCUUAAACACGUUAUCAGCACGAGCCCUAAACCACAAAAGCCAAA